UGUCAAAUAAAAUAAUAACAGAUAUAAAUGAAAACAAAUAUAUGGAAGAAAGUAACAGCAGCAACACAGAAAUACAACAACAGUUACCUGUCGAAAUAAUACUCAAAGAAGAAAGUGAAGAUGAAAGUGUGACACAAACAGCACAAACACAACGAAAGUGCGGGGUAUGCAAUACAUUUAAUGAAAAUUGUUUAAAAUCAAAUUGGAAAUGUACCAUAUGUAACGAACAAAAUGUAGAAAUUAAUCACCGAACUCGAAGUGUAACACAGAAAGAAAAAGAUACAAUUAAAGAAAAACCACAUUUAUGUAAUAUAUGUGGCAAAUCAUUUAAAGAACGAAGUACAUUGAACAGGCAUGAAAAAGUACAUACAGAAGAAAAACCAUAUCAAUGUACCAUUUGCGGAAAAUUUUUUUCACAACAAAGUAACUUAAAUCGACACGUUCGAGUACACACUGGAGAAAAGCCAUUUUUAUGUAGUGCAUGUAGCAAGUCAUUUCCCACACAAGAUCAUUUAACUCGACAUGAACGUACACAUACAGGUGAAAAACCAUAUCAUUGUAGAUAUUGUGAAAAAUCAUUUUCACAACCAACAAGUUUAAAUGUCCAUGAAAGAAUUCAUACGGGAAUUAAACCUUAUAAAUGUAGUAUAUGUGAUAAAAGAUUUUCUAUAAAAAAUAAUUGUUUAAGUCAUGAACGAUUACAUAAUGGUGAAAAACCGUUUCAAUGUCAUAUAUGUUUUAAGGCAUUUCCUAUUCAAAGUAAUUUAACGCGUCAUGAACGCACCCAUAAUGGUGAAAAACCGUUCCAGUGUGUAACUUGUGGUCGUGGUUUUUCACAGCGUGAAGCAUUAAUGAAACAUGAAAGGAUUCACACCGGUGAAAAACCUUACCGUUGUACUGUAUGUGAUAAGUCUUUUACUCAACCAGGUAGCUUAACUAUACAUAUCAGAACACAUACGGGACAAAAACCGUAUCAAUGUCGCCUCUGUGAUAAAGCAUUUUCUCAACAAAACAGUUUACAUGUACAUGAAAGAAUACAUACUGGAGACAAACCUUAUAAAUGUAAUCUAUGUGAUAAAUUAUUUUCCCAAUCAACAACGUUAGCAAAGCAUAAAGAAAAUCAUAAUAAACCUGAAAUAGUCAUCAAACAAGAGAUAAUUGAAACUGAAGUGAAACCACAUCAAUGUGGUGUAUGUGGAAAAUCAUUUUCUGGAAAAACAUCAUUAAUCCGACAUGAACGAUUUCAUGAUGCAUUUUUGAUUAAAAAUCAUUUUAUUGAUCCAGAUAAAUACAAACAACGGCCGUUCCAAUGUCAAAUUUGUUUUAAAGGAUUUUCUGAAAAAGGAUCUUUAGUUCGGCAUGAACUUAUUCAUACAAACGAAAGACCUUUUCAGUGUAAAAUUUGUGGUAAGGGUUUUUCACAACAAAGUAAUUUAAGUAGGCACAAUAUGACACAUACUGGUGAAAGACCGUAUCAAUGUAAAAUUUGUUGUAAAGCAUUUUCACGUUUAAGUAAUUUAAGUCGUCAUGAAACUGUGCAUAAUAGAAAAAAAAUUAUGAUGAUACCGCCUCCAGUUUCAAUUAAUUCCGAUUAAUUGAAUA